AUGCGAUGUAGUCGCCAGACCCUGGCCGGACUCUUCAAGUUCUUUUUCCUGACUGCGGUUAACCUUCCACUGAACGCCGCUAAUUGCUCCAAGUCGAGAAAUCUGAGUGAUCCCUCAGGGGUGAAACCAGCAACAGGGUUGUCAGCUGCCAACACUGCUGUGAACACGAGAGUUAUCGUGAAUAUUUUGGGGAACGGGGACGGUUUCGUGGACGUCGGUGACUACGAUGAGGACGGGAAGGAAGAGAUUAAAGAAGACUAUGGAAGGUGGGGGAGAAGGGGGAAGGAAAGUGGCGGUGAGCCCACUACUGCAGCCAGAACUGAAGGACUGGCGAAGAAACCGACAGUGCCUCUUAAGCCACGGAAGCAAACGGUGGUGGAUUCAAAACGGACCCAGACAAAGCAUCAAGGCAAUCACAAUGUAGGGGAAAAGAAAAGAGCUGUCACGGAAAGGGAGAAAAUCCUUGACGAGAUUUUAAGGACCAAGAUUGCGUGA